CUCCCGACGCCCCUGUGCCCCGACUCGCCCGCGCCCCAACUCCCCGGCGGGGUGGCGGCGGCCGGGCCCCCGCGGCGGCGGCAGCAGGAGCAGGAGCAGGAGCCCGCCUCUAUGAUGAAGUUCAAGCCCAACCAGACGCGGACCUAUGACCGCGAGGGCUUCAAGAAGCGGGCGGCGUGCCUGUGCUUCCGGAGCGAGCAGGAGGACGAGGUGCUGCUGGUGAGCAGCAGCCGGUACCCAGACCAAUGGAUUGUCCCUGGAGGAGGAAUGGAGCCAGAGGAGGAGCCCGGAGGCGCUGCCGUGAGGGAGGUUUAUGAAGAGGCUGGAGUCAAAGGAAAAUUAGGCAGACUCCUGGGCAUAUUUGAGCAGAACCAAGACCGAAAGCAUAGAACAUAUGUUUAUGUUCUUACUGUCACUGAAAUAUUAGAAGAUUGGGAAGAUUCUGUUAAUAUAGGAAGGAAGAGAGAGUGGUUCAAAGUAGAAGAUGCCAUCAAAGUUCUCCAGUGUCAUAAGCCUGUACAUGCAGAGUAUCUGGAAAAACUAAAGCUGGGUUGUUCUCCAACCAAUGGAAAUUCCACAGUCCCUUCCCUUCCAGAUAACAACACCUUGUUUGUAACUGCUGCACAGACCUCUGGGUUACCAUCCAGUAUAAGAUAGAGCGAGCUGGGAGGACUCCCAUGUGCAGUCUAUGGGGAGAAGUCUAUUUUCCUUGGCAAACAUCUGAAUGACGCUUGCAAACUGUCUGAAUUUGCCAUGCAGGAUUUUCAAACAAUUUUGCAUGUUUUUCAGAUGUUUUCAAAUCUCUUUAAAAAAAGUGUAAAAUAUUUUAAUAAGCCAAAGCCAUGUGGAAUUUUUUUAGAUGCCUUAACUGUGCCCCCCAACCCAACCCACCCACCCCCCAGUUUAGUUGUCAUUUUUUUCACAGCAUUUCAUUCAGUUUUUUUGUCCAUUUGACGUCAGUCUGUGGUUUUUGUCAGAUCAGCUUCCUUGUUGGGCAUAUUUUCUCUAAAUUAUUUUCUCAUCCCAACAUUAACAUAGUCAACAAAUUCUUCUGUUGUGGAAAUUUACAAAAAUAAUUCUUGAUAUUAAAGUCUAUCCAUCUGAAAAAUUGUUUCAUAGGAUCACAGUUUUAAUUCCUAAAGUCCAGAUUUGGGCUGUUUCUGUAUGGUCCAAUAACUAUUUUGACAAAGGACCUAAUUUGCUAUUUUCAGGAAUUUGUCAACUCGUUUGUCUAAAUUUUCACAACUGAUGUCAUUAGCUACAUGAUAAUGGCCAGUUACCCCCUAUAACUCAGUAGUCCUUUCUUUAACACAAAGUUUACCCAUAUACAGUUGGUGAUUUUUAGAGGUAUUAUAAGAAAAACGCAUGUAGUAAAUACAUCAUCACGAAAAACCAUAUUCAUGGGAUUUGAGUUACCAUGCUAAGUCACCAAUUCCCUUUGUCUGUAAUCUCUUUACACAGAAUACUUGAGAACCAGAAUUCCCUUGAGGUAAAUUUCUUUUCAAAAUAGAUUUCCAGUUUUUUAAUUUACUGACCCCUCUUUAGUUAAACUGGUUACCAGUAGUAACCACAGGAUUAGAGUUUAACUUCAAAUGCCCAUCGGUGUGACUGCAUCACAGUUGAGUAAAAUGACCUUUUUGCUGUUCACCUGUUACAGAUUUAGAUUAUUAGGCCACCUUAGAAUGUCUCCUCUUUUAUAGGUUGCCAAUAAGGACUGUUUACCCUAUAACUAACUAUUGGGGGACUGGAACAUACCUGAACUAAGAAUUAUUUUGUCCUCUUUAUACUCACUUAGAAUCCAGAAUCCCAUGGACAAACACAUAGGUACCUUGUCUAACACUCCUGUACUUCUCCAACCAGCUCUGAAAUGAGACAGGAGGACAAAACCUUUGAGUAAGCCAUGGGGUGGGGGGCAAGUGAAAGAUUCUGUAUGUAGACGUGAGCCUUGUAAAUAUUGUAACUGGUGAGUAUGGAGUAGAAAGUAUCGUUGUACAUUUGCUCUACAAUUGUUAACCUUUAAAAAUGUAAUUGCUGCUAAAAAGUAGAGUGCUGUUACACUUGAGGAAAAUUGGUGCCACUGUUUUGAAAGAUCUUGUGCCAUAAAUGCAGCUGAACUAAAUAUAAAUUAGUUCACAAAUUAAUGCUGUCAGAGGAAUAAGUAGAAAAACUUUUAACCAAUGACAUUUCAUUCUAAAUUAUGUAGUAUGAUCAUCCAGAAUUUUUAUAUUUUUUUCUUUGUACAGAGGUUAUGCAUCCUGGGUGUUUUUUAAAAAGGAAACAUUUAUAAAUCCACAGGUUGACACUUUCAAUCAAUCUUCAAUGGACUAAGGUUUUUUUUUUUUCCUCAGUAAUCUUUGAAGUUUCUUUGAAUUAUAUACCUUAACACAGCAGAGAAACUGGAUUUUGUAUAUAAAACUGUCCACCUGAAAUGCUGUCACAAGUCUGGGGGAGGGGGGUAUCUUGUACAUGAUAUUCUUAGAGGUAAUAAUGCAUGAACUUAUUUUAUAAACUCUUAGACUAUGUAUUUGACAUGUAAAAUAUGUACAGUAUUAAUGUCAGCCAUCUCUUAAAAGUGAGCCUAUAAAUAUUGUUGUAUAAAUUUUUUUUUGGGGGGGGUCAAAAACAUUUGGACUAAGUAGUGCCACUUGGGUCAGGAUUUUCUUCAGUGCCAUUUAGCAGACCAACUGUCUUUAGUCUAUGCAACUAGCAAAAAUCUGUAUGAAGCAAGAGUACAGUUGUCACACUUUGAAUUUCACACGAGGGAUUCUUCACUUUUUCUGGAACCCAUUCUAGCAAAAUUAGAGGAAAGGCCAUAAGGAGAUUUCUGUUAAGGAGAAAAAGCCUUCAUUUUCAGGCUCAACAGCUGAGUCUACUACAGAUAACAAAUAGUGUCUACUAUCUCAACCCUCCAAAGUUUACAGAGUGUUGGGACUCAUUUGUGCUUUCUGUGGGGUAGAUGGAUAUAAUUGGGCAGCUAAAUUUCAGUCCCAUGUGCCUCCUAAAUAAAAGAAAUAACUAGGUUAUAAGUUGACUUGCAGACACAAAGUAGCAGACUAUUCUGAAUAUUUGUUUUUGGGGAGUUUUGUGUGUGUGUGUGUGUGUGUGUGUGUGUUUUAAUAAACAGGUGAAAUUUCCCAACCAGGCACAUGCCAUUCAAUUUUGUCAAUCAGUUGUAUAAAGCAGCAGAACUGAAAGGGGGGCAGGGGGAAUGACUGUUGUAUAUUCUAAAUGGCUUUGCAUGGUCUCAUUUGAGAUAAUUGGUGUAAGAAUCUUGACUUUUUUUUAUAUUUGGAAACCAAAUAAAAAUGGAAAUAAAUUACCUUUUUUUUUUAAACAUAA